AUGACUCAAGAGACGCCAAUGCUGGACACUAUAGCACCGGAUCUAGACAUCAAGAAGCCACAAAAGAAACAUACUGGUCCCCGUAAGCGACGUACAAAGAAGAAGAUUGCUUCUCGUGACUUGAAUCAUUCUCUAGCGCCAGAACGACGCCAAAAUGUGGCUGGAUCAACGUCCGAAUCGAUAAAUUCCGUAAAAUCGGUAGCAAAUGAGCUUAAAACCAGCUCAGAUACUUUAAUUAGUAGCUCUAGUGGAUCCACUUUGAAACUUAUGAAACAUGUAACGAUAAGUGCAGAAGAUCGUGCAGUUAUAAGGGGAGAACAGGAACAGCAGGCUGCGGAACGAGCUUAUUGGACCCAUUGGGUCAUUGAAGCAGCUGAAAAGGAACGAACGAGACGAUUAAAUGUGUUGAAACAAUUGCAAUGUGAAGAAGAAGAAGAGAUACAACGGAGAAGACAAUGGGCUAUUGCUACUAUCGAAAAAGAACAAGAAGCGAUGAUGCGAGAGAUGUUUCUGGACAAUAUGAAGAAUACCCAGUGGUUCCAAUCGACAAUCUCGAGGUUUUCAGAGGAUUAUGAGGUCGUGUGUCCUAAUAGCUGGUUUGGUUGUACUUUUAGCUGCAUGUUGAAGGAUUUAGAGAUGCAUUUAGUGAGAUGUGUCUAUCGACAGGUGCCUGAUACUUUGGAUCAAGUGGUGGAAGAUACGACAACGGAUUUUUACUCAUACGAUGUCGUGUGUCCAAAUGCAGUCUUAGGAUGUAAAGAGAUUUGUCCACGAGAGAAUUUGGCUGAACAUCUUGCAAAUUGUCCUGUCAAUGGCAUUUCACGAGAAAAAGAGUGGGAAGAACGACUGGAAGGGCGACGAAAUGUGAUUCAAGCAACAGAGAAAGAACGGGAACGCCGAAUGGAUGAAGAUCGAGUGGAAGAAGGAGCAAACGGAAGUGGACUUUCGUUUGGCAAUUUACAGAGGCUCUACGAAGAACAAACGACCAUGAUGCAGGUUGUACUUCACGACGAGAUUGUGGACUUUUACAAUCAUCACAGACGGGAAGCGAGGGAAAAGCUUCCCUGGAUGCAGAAAGCUAUAGCAAUGGUGACUGAGGAGAUAGAAAUUCUAUGGAACCACUGCGUGCAAGUCGAAGGGUAUGGAUCUUUUGCAACACGAUUACACGGAGAAGCAAGUGAUGUAGACCUUGUAGUCUUUGGAGCAUCGGAAGAGUUUAAUUUUACCGGUCAACAGUGUGUGGAGACUUUGGCUGAACAUUUCCGGGAGCUGUCUACAUAUGUCGAUGUAAAAACAAUAACUCGCGCGUCCAUCCCAUUAUUGAAAGUGGUGGUCCGGGUGACGGUUGAUAAUGCAAAGAAAACAAACCGCAACAACCCUGAGUAUGGCGGGGCGGUCGUGCGACAAAUUCCGGUUGAUAUUACAUUUGACGAGCCGUACGGCAUUCACCACAAUGGAGUGGCAAGUGCUACGAUGGUACAAUGUCUCGCAAGUGCAUUUUACGGACUGCGGGAGCUGACUCUUGUACUGAAGCAUUUUUUGGUGGAGCGUGGGCUAAAUGAUCCGUACGUUGGAGGUUUGUCAUCCUACGGCUUACUGUUAAUGGUAGUGUUUGUGCUGCAAGAGCAAGGGGCUCUGAUCUCGAUGGGCGGUGGGCAAGAGCUUGCACAUGAAUUAGUCGACGACGAUGAUUUUGACAAGGUAAAGCGAGCUGCUCCGCCUGCACAUACUCGCUGGAACGUGCGCUAUGAAUCUCAAUGUCUUAAGGGGGAGCUGAUUGGCAAGGAAAUCAUCAAACAAUGCUCAGCAAGACAACUACCAAAGAAAGCCGAGACAGAUAAAAUACAAAGGAAGGGAGCAAAGCGAGCAGUGCUUCCUUCCUUUGUUACUGGCUCGGAAAACGGAUGUGAGCACGAGGUUAGACCAUAUCUGCUUGGAAAAUUGCUUAUGGAUUUCUUGCAGUUUUACGGAAACGACUUCAGACAGAAUCUUGACCUGAUUUCGAUUGUAUCAAGGGCUGAGCCAACAUCACCAAUUGUAAAAGCAAUGUCGCCGCCUCUACACGCUCUAUCUCCUUCUCUUUACUCUUCCCCGACGAUGAAACAUUCUUGCUCGAACCCUGUAGUAAUGCUAGCACAGCCGGUUUCUCGCGACGGUUUGCUUGUAAUCGAGGAUCCUUUGCAGCCUGAUAACAACGUCGGCAAGACGUGCUAUCGCGUGAGUCAAGUGUUUCGUGAUUUUUCGGACUUUUUGAGCUUUUUGACUGCACUGAUUGUACGAGGAAGUGUCAUGACAACUGGCAAGAAGAAGAAAAGCGAUAUAUCUACUGCGAACGAGAGCUUAUCUUCACCCGAUUUGACAUCAUCAACAGUACAUGAACCAACGUGUCGGAUUUUAAAGUCAGUAUUUGAGAUGAAGACGAGAGAAAAACGCGCUAGCCUGGACAUCUCUUUAUCUACUGCGUGA